AACCUUAUUUGAUCACCACUGGCUUCAUCUUCGUUUGAAAGCAAACUGAUGCAUCAUUCUGUCCGGAAGCAACCGAAUAAGACGACCUUUUCUGUAAACAAUCCUAUAAUUUGUACGUUCCUCCGUAUUUCUUUUGGAUUUUGUGUGUGACAACAUUUUGUUGUCUCCAGUGUGACAAUAUUUUAUUGUCUUCAACUGAGCUCAUCUUCGGCUAUAUUGACGACGAAAAGGAAUAAGUAGAGCAGAGUUCAACCAUCACGAUCGUGAACAUGAUGACUGCAAACUUUACACUAUUUCUUCUUUUACUAGGUGCAUCUAUUCAUGCUUCAAAUGGACGAAACAAUCGGAGCAUUCUACUACAGCAUCUGCUUGACAACUAUGGACCAAUCACAGUGCGACCGGUGAGUGAUGUCAGCCGACCUACGAAUGUAUCCUUCCGCCUCCUUCCGGUCGAGCUCAUCAAGUUUGAUGAGGAGAAUCAGCAAGUAAAACUAUCAGCAUAUAUGCGAAUGAUAUGGAGGGAUGAGAACAUGAUGUGGGAUCCAAUGGAUUUCAACGGGGUCGAUUACGUAACUGUUAAAAGAAGUGACGUUUGGCUUCCCGACAUCGUACUAUACCAAAAUGUCGUCAAAGAAUUCAUCAGUUACGCAGAUACGUACAUCGUUGCAUCGAGUAACGGGAGCAUGAAUUGGUAUUUUCCCGCCAUCAUCGCCACAGCCUGUCCUAUCGAUAUCACAUACUUCCCCUAUGAUGUCCAAUAUUGUAACUUGACAUUUGGCCCUUGGUCAGAGACUGCAGAUAAAGUCAAUUUUCGAAUGUCAACAGAAGCUGAUGCCAACGUGGAUAUAUUUCGUAAAAAUGGAGUUUGGGUACUCGAACAGACGACAGCAAGUAACCUGGUCAUUGAAUCUUGCUGCUUCAACCUUUCAUGGAGUGCGGUCCAGUUUGUCCUUGAAAUCCACCGACAAUCAAGUUUCUACACCCGCACUGUCGUUGUCCCAUGUAUUCUCCUGACGGCAUUGAUGGCUCUCGUCUGCUGGCUUCAUCCAGCUUCCGGUGAGAAGGUGACCUUGGCAGUCAGUAACCUUCUGGCUUUGAUCCUCUUCCAGCAGCUCGUAGCCGACAGGCUUCCGCCAAGCGGAGAAACUACUUCUAUCAUUGUGAUCUUCUUCAUAGUGAUGAUUGGGUUAAGUUGUACCGAGGUGAUAUGCUCCAUCAUUGUCCUGCGUCUGUACCACACUGGUGGAAGGCGGCAGAUACCGGACUGGAUAAGACGAGCAAUGCUGAGCCCGCUCAUCAUGCGUCUCUACACCAACGCAGAGUGUACCGCCAUGUUGCGUGCUCAAAAGAAGGCUAAUGAACUCCGGAUACUCGAUUCAAUGACCAACCCAACUCUUCAGAACAGCGCCAACGUCGCGGCACAGAACCAAGAAAAUGGGAAGCACGAUACGAAAGCAGACGAUAUCGUCAAGACUAUUAGUAAACCACAAGAAUUGGACACUCUGAGCAUUCGCAGUGAUCCAGAAAUGAUUAACAAGGCGUGGCAGGAAGUGGCCAUCGUCUGCGACAAAUUUUUGUUUAUUCUCCUACUUUUUGUCACUUUCGUUGCUUGGUUGUAUGUGCUUAUUAGCUUUCUAAUUUAGUCAAGUCAAUUGACUGUCAAGAGGUCUAAUAAGGGCUUUACUCUGACGGGAAUGUUCCAGAGAUCACAACAUGCGAAAAAAUUGUGUAAGAAUAGAAAGUGCAAAGUAUCCGGCAUGUUGACGAGAUAGAGCUGUAGUUGGCCUUGUUUCCAUUUGAUGAACUUUAUCUUUUCUUGAUGAAACCCUGAUAAUGCAGAAGACAGAGGGAAGGAUUCUUCAACUGUCAUUAUUGCAGGCGUGGAGUUGAAUCGAAUGUAUGGAUCGGUUUUAUUCCGUUAAAUCCUAUUUAUACACGCUCCCGUUUUGUAACGUCAUUUCUCUCAUAUGUGUUGAUUGCUGUAUCAAUAGACAUGAAACGGGAAUCCUUUUUACCUACUUACAUCUAAUAAAUGUAAAUACAGAAUCUUAUCUUUCUCAUUUUCCUUAUAUGUUUUUUUCCGUUUAAGCACUUCUUUCCUUCGGACCCCACCCCUUUCUUUCGCUUCUUCUUUCUCGAUCUGCACAGUAAAAACACUUAAAAAACGCUUUACUACAUUAACUUUAGGUUCAUGUAACGUAGGUUAAACACUAGAACAAGUGUUUCCAAUAAUUUAAGGUUUAACUCUCAGUCAGAUCCUACAUUUACAGUAUUCUUUUCUUUUUCAAACAGGGCAGUUGAUGUACAAAUUGAUAAUACAUAUACUACCAAGCAUUUUGAUUAUGAUGUUUACAUAAGACAACACCACUCAAAGUUACCCGACCCGAUAAUUCAUUCGUUUCCAUAUUCCCUGUAUCCACUCUCUCUCUCUCUCUUUGCACAAAAACAAUGAUUUCUACGGCCCUAAAUACUGGAACUCUGUAAGCAACGACAACAUUUGUCUUACAAUGUACUUCCCUCCUUCGUGUUGGUUUCCCCCUUUCUUUACAUCUUUUUGUCUCUCUCUCUUCCUCUUUCCUCUCUUCCUCUUUCACCCACACAUAAGCAGCACCCUAUCCUCUCGGUUACUGUUUAUUCUGCAUUCUCCUUUCAUCAGCUCCAUGUUCCAUUUAUCAACCGUCACAUCAACUUUUUACAUCCCCCUCAUUCAUGUCGUUGUCUACACCUAUACUAAUAUAUCUUUUAUCCAAUUCUUUGAGGGAUCCGCAUUAAACAAGCCCUGCUUUUCAGUGGAUCCCUCCAUUUCCUCAACGUUUACUUUAUUAAAAGGAUAAAUAAAAAAUAGCCAUGCAAAUGUUCAUUCGUGAUUGUUCUACAUUUAGUUCUACCCUGAGUGUAUGUAUUAUAAUUGUAUGAUUAUCAUUAUUGUUAAUUGCUUAACGAAACAUUCAUGUAUUUCCUUUGUAUGCUUUUAUUUCUUACAUAGUAUAUUCAUUUGUAUUGAUUAGUAUGGUAAUCAUUUUAUAUUUGUGUAAUAUGUUCCGUCGAAAUUAAAUAAAGGAAAC